AGCAGUGCGAAGCAGGAAGCGGUUGAAAGCGAGCAGCACCUGCAUGGAGAGGAUAUCGUAGUACUUAUUCGUAAUUGUUCUGACAGACUGGAACCUUUGGACCUGCUGAUACACCUGUGAUACACCUGCGUGUCUGUCCUCGGGGCUGAUGAUGGACCCACCACACACAGACUUCUUCUACUGCUGCGGAGCCGCCACGGAGCUGCUCAGGUUUGGAUCCCGCCCCCUAACCUCUGCACACAAGGUGCUCUUCCUCAUCAUCCCAGGUAACCCAGGUGUGGUGGGCUUCUACAGGACCUUCAUGCAGACGCUCCACAGCAGGUGUGGCUACCAGCACCCGGUGUGGGCCGUAAGCCACGCCGGCCACUGCGCUCCUCCGGCCUCCAUGGACAUGAUCGAAGACGGCGCCUCGGCGGCGGAGGACGACGUGUUCGGUCUGGACGGGCAGGUCGAACAUAAGCUGGCUUUCCUCAGGAAUCACGUUCCCAGAGAAACCAGCCUGGUCCUGAUCGGUCACUCCAUCGGCUGCUACAUCAUUCUGGAGAUGAUGAAGAGAAAUCCUGAGAGGAAGGUCCUGAAGGCGCUGCUGCUGUUUCCCACCAUCGAGCGCAUGGCUCAGAGCCCUCAGGGGAAGGUCAUGACCCCCGUGCUGUGUCACAUGCGUUACGUGGUCUACCUGCCCCUCUUCCUGCUCUCGCUGCUGCCCGACAGGCUCAAAGUCGGCCUCAUCAGACUGACGCUGGGGGGAAUCCGCUCUCUGGACCUCACUGUGGUGCAGCCCACCCUGGGCCUGCUCAGCGGAGACGCUGCAGCCAACGCCAUGUACCUGGGCGGGCAGGAAAUGAGGAAAGUUCUAAAAAGAGACGACACGACUAUCGGGAAACAUCUCGACAAGCGCUCCUGUCAGAUGUUAUGGCAGAGCUCGGCGUCGGCAGACUGA